CUCUCGAAAUGCAAUAAUAACGGUCGUUUGACACGAGUCCGGGUGUCAUUCGUCGGCAAGACGUCACCGAGAAGCAAGUGGAUACCGAGCUGCCCGAGACAUGAACCGAACUGAACGUUGUUUCCUCCUUUUAAUGAUCUGCGUCUUGUUGAGUAAUUAUCAAGUCAAUUCGGAUCGUGACGCUCGUUUGUCAAGAAAAAGGCGAUACGUCGUCUUCCCAGAAGGUUCAACUUUCUCUGUCGCGCUGUGCCUCACCACCCACACAUAUACGCCGGACGAUGACAUUUUCACGGAAGGAAUCAACUGGGGUAUCUCGUACGAUUUACCGAACGAAAGCAAACCGGCUCUCGAGCCGUUCUUAGAGUUGAGACGCGACGAAGUUAAACCAGCGAAGAAACACGGCCAUCAGUCGACGAUCAACGCGAUCAACAAGAACGCGAUGAAGUAUUCCGGAUGGAACGGUAACGAUAAAUAUUACAUGAAGCCUGGGAAGAGGAAGUACCACAAGUCAGAUUAUUACUACUUGCAACGUAGACACCGGAGGGAACUUUACAGCAAACUGGAGACCAUUAUGAACGCGAUGAACUUCGAUGGAAGAACGUGCGUGCUUCGAGCGCUGUGCGAGGCCUCCCAGCGGCUGAUGCCCAAAGGAAGAACUCUCAUCGAGGAGAUGAUGAGGAUAUCAUUCUCCUUCCCUUUGAAGCGACUGUUCAGUCAUGAGCCACAGGAGCAUCAUGCGUACAGCAGAGCUCACAAAGCAGGCCAUGAGGGCCAUGAUUGCGCCACCAUGUUCGCCGGAUGUAGCUUCUCCCUGAUCGACAUGGCCCUCGGGAAAUACGACGCGCGACGGCCUCAACUUCCGCCAGAAUAUGCCGAUACGGGUGAAUCUUUCGACGACUGGACCAGGUAUAACAUGAAAUAGUACGUCAACUCUAAAGAAAUAUUUUCGGAAUACCUAAGAACUCCGUUCGACUCGCGAAGGAAAUGUUGUUUCCCUCGAUAUUAACAUCGUAUCGCGUGAGUUUUCUAUUUCAAGAUAUUUUUUGUUAGGGAGAAAAGUACAAUCACGAUGUACUUCUCGAUAUGGUGUACAUUAGUAUUUUUUUUAUAUAUUAGUGUUCUUUCUUGACAAUAAAAUAUUGUUUGUAACAUUUUGUAACUGAUUAUUUUGUUAAUUGGUUAUUUGAAGUUUAGGA